GGCUCAGAAACGUAAAAUGACACCUAUCGUUAAGACAGCCUAUGAACAUUAUUUUGGUGUGAAAGUUGGGGACCAAGAUAAAUCAUGGGCUCCUCAUAUAUGUUGUAAUUCUUGUUCCGUCAUAUUGCGAGAGUGGCUGAAAAAUAAAAACCGGGCAAUGGCUUUUGCAGUACCUAUGGUUUGGCGUGAGCCUACCAAUCAUACAGACGACUGUUAUUUCUGCUUAACUCCUCCCAUUAAGCAAGGUUCAUCUAUGAAGAAAAGAGGAACGGUUAAAUACCCUAAUCUCCCAUCUGCUCUUCGGCCUGUACCACACUCAGACAAUUUGCCAGUCCCUUCUCCACCCCAAAACUAUGAAAUUUUAGAGGAAGGUGAUGAAGACUGUUUAGAAGGAGCAACCCAUCCUUCUACAUCCUAUGACCCUGAUUUUGAGGUAAGCGAUAGGUCUAGUGAUCCGCACAGAAUUAGUCAAGCAGAGUUGAGUGACCUUAUAAGAGAUCUUCGCUUGUCUAAGGAAAAGGCUGAGCUGUUAGGGUCAAGACUACAACAGUGGAAUCUUCUAAAACAUGAUGUGAAAAUAUCUCAUGGACCAGGAAGGACAAGCUUUUAAGUACUUGAGAGCAAAGUUUCCCAGGUUG